UCUUCCUGGCUGUGCAAUGAGUCAGAAGUUUAUCAAUUACAAAAGGAGUUGAACAAAAUUACAAAAUCUUCAACAAGUAAAUACAGAAACAUUUAUCAGCUGUGAAUUUAUUUUUUGCUUUGAUUUCCCUGUAUUUUUACAUUAAUAACAUGUAGACAUAUACUGAUUGCUGUUUUUUUCUCUUUUGCAGUCUGCUCCCAGUUUUCAAGAGGAGUCUUUGCUAUUUUUGGAUUUUAUGAUAAGAAGUCUGUAAAUACUAUCACAUCAUUUUGUGGAACUCUUCAUGUCUCCUUCAUAACCCCAAGCUUUCCAACAGAUGGUACUCAUCCAUUUGUUAUUCAAAUGAGGCCGGACCUCAAAGGAGCACUUCUUAGUUUGAUUGAAUACUAUCAAUGGGAUAAAUUUGCAUAUCUUUAUGACAGCGAUAGAGGUUUAUCAACACUGCAAGCUGUGCUGGAUUCUGCAGCUGAGAAGAAAUGGCAAGUGACAGCAAUCAACGUUGGCAACAUUAACAAUGACAGGAAAGAUGAGACGUACCGUUCCCUCUUUCAGGAUCUGGAAAUAAAAAAGGAAAGGAGAGUGAUUCUGGACUGUGAGAGGGAUAAAGUGAACGAUAUUGUUGAUCAGGUUAUCACCAUCGGAAAACAUGUGAAAGGUUACCAUUAUAUCAUAGCAAAUCUAGGCUUUACGGAUGGAGAUUUAUCAAAGAUACAGUUUGGAGGAGCUAAUGUGUCAGGAUUUCAGAUUGUGGACUAUGAUGAUCCAGCAGUUGCCAAAUUUAUACAGCGUUGGUCAACUCUGGAAGAGAAGGAAUACCCUGGAGCACACACUACUACAAUUAAGUAUACAUCAGCUCUGACAUUUGAUGCUGUUCAAGUGAUGACAGAGGCCUUCCGUAAUUUGCGUAAGCAGAGAAUAGAAAUCUCAAGAAGAGGAAAUGCGGGAGAUUGUUUAGCAAACCCAGCAGUGCCGUGGGGACAUGGAGUAGAAAUAGAAAGAGCUUUAAAGCAGGUCCAAGUUGAUGGAUUGACAGGAAAUAUAAAAUUUGACCAAAAUGGUAAAAGAGUAAAUUAUACAAUCAAUAUUAUGGAACUUAAAAGCAAUGGUCCUCGAAAGAUUGGAUACUGGAGUGAGGUUGACAAAAUGGUGGUUACAGUCACUGAUGUAAUGUCUGCCAAUGACUCCAUGGGUCUUGAAAACAAAACUGUUAUUGUGACAACCAUAUUGGAAGCCCCAUAUGUGAUGUUUAAGAAAAAUGCAGAUCAGUUCGAAGGAAAUGAUCGCUAUGAAGGAUAUUGUGUUGAUCUGGCAACUGAGAUUGCCAGGCACUGCGGAUUUAAGUACAAGCUGACAAUAGUGGCUGAUGGAAAAUAUGGAGCAAGAGAUGCAGAAACAAAAAUAUGGAAUGGAAUGGUGGGGGAAUUAGUUUAUGGGAAAGCGGAUAUUGCAAUAGCUCCAUUAACAAUUACACUGGUGAGAGAAGAAGUAAUUGACUUCUCCAAACCUUUCAUGAGCUUGGGAAUCUCGAUUAUGAUCAAGAAGCCUCAGAAGUCAAAACCAGGAGUGUUUUCCUUUCUCGAUCCCUUAGCAUAUGAGAUCUGGAUGUGCAUAGUGUUUGCUUACAUUGGGGUCAGUGUAGUUUUAUUCCUGGUCAGCAGAUUUAGCCCAUACGAAUGGCAUACUGAGGAGUUUGAAGACGGAAGAGAAACUCAAAGUAACGAGUCAUCUAAUGAGUUUGGGAUAUUUAAUAGUCUAUGGUUUUCCCUUGGUGCCUUUAUGCAGCAAGGAUGCGAUAUUUCGCCAAGAUCCCUAUCUGGUCGCAUUGUUGGAGGUGUGUGGUGGUUCUUUACCUUGAUCAUAAUUUCAUCUUACACGGCUAACUUAGCUGCCUUUCUUACUGUGGAACGAAUGGUGUCACCUAUUGAAAGUGCAGAAGACCUUUCCAAACAAACAGAAAUUGCAUAUGGAACAUUGGAUUCAGGGUCAACCAAAGAGUUCUUUAGGAGAUCAAAAAUUGCUGUGUUUGAUAAAAUGUGGACCUAUAUGAAAAGUGCUGAGCCAUCUGUAUUUGUGAAGACCACAGCAGAAGGAGUAGCCCGGGUACGGAAGUCCAAAGGAAAAUAUGCCUACUUGCUGGAAUCCACCAUGAACGAAUACAUCGAACAAAGGAAACCAUGCGACACCAUGAAAGUUGGCGGAAAUUUGGAUUCCAAAGGAUACGGGAUCGCAACUCCAAAACAAUCCCCAUUAAGAACCUCAGUAAACCUUGCAGUAUUGAAACUCAGUGAGCAAGGCGUCUUAGACAAGCUGAAAAACAAAUGGUGGUACGAUAAAGGUGAAUGUGGAGCCAAGGACUCUGGAAGUAAGGAAAAGACAAGUGCACUCAGUCUGAGUAAUGUGGCUGGAGUAUUCUACAUUCUUGUUGGAGGACUUGGCUUGGCAAUGUUGGUGGCUUUGAUUGAGUUCUGCUACAAGUCAAGAGCUGAGGCAAAAAGAAUGAAGAUAUCCAUGAGUGAUGUCAUGAGGAACAAGGCAAGGCUGUCAAUUACAGGAAGUGCUGGGGAAAAUGGACGUGUUCUGACACCAGAAUUUCCAAAAGCAGUGCAUGCAGUGAGUCCUGGCAUGAGAAUGAAUGUCAGUGUGACUGAUCUCUCGUGA